UCAACAAUUAAGUUAUACACUUAGUCUCAAAUUCUUCCAAUAAUAAACGUCUUUGUGUAACCCCAUACCAAGAGUGUCUUUUAGUCUUGUUUGGUGGGAACUUACAGAACCAAAUAUCAAAUAAAUAAUGGCGUCUGCUAGUGACGAGAGAGUGUUCUCAAUGAAUGAUUUGAAGACUGCUUUACUGACCUGCAGUGUGUGUAUGGAUUCAGAAUCUGAUGGUCAACUGAAGCUUCUCAACUGCCACCAUACAGUGUGCACAAAUUGCCUGACUCGUCUCACUAAUGGCAAACCACACUUUGCGUGUCCUAAAUGCCGCCGGGUCAUGGCAGUUCCUACUGAAGGAGUACAAGGAAUUCAGACCAACUUCAUUGCUGCACAAAUCAAGGAUUUUGCCGAUCAAUGCAAGGUCAAGACGGAUGCUGUGGCUAAAGUAGCAGGAACUACGUGUAGUGGAUGUAAGGAGAUGGUUACAGAUGCCAAACAUCAAUGUAAUUACUGCGGGUAUCUCUGUGAUACGUGUAAAUGGAAACAUUAUGAUGAUAAAACUCUAAAUCAACACACCAUCCUCCCUCUCUCCAGUAAAGCCUCAAACAAAACGCACACAAUCUUGGAUUAUUGUGCCAAACAUCACCUCUGCCAUACCAAUCUCUUUUGUGCAAGAUGCAAAGUAGCCAUUUGUAAGAUGUGUAAGGAAAUCGAUCACGGAGAUCAUCGUCGUCAAGUACAAAGCAUCAGUGAGGUUGCCACGGCCAGUAUGACAGAAAUGCAGGGUCUUUUGGAAGCAGUCAAGCAGCGCCAAGGCGAGGUGCUUCAAAAGUUCCUUAAAGUCAGAGACGCAGAGGCAAGAGUCAAAGCUGAAACCAGCAAAGCAAAAAAACAACUUGGUUCAUAUUUUCAAGAGUGUCGUACCAUCUUAUCACAAAGAGAGUUUGAACUCAUUGGUUCCGUGGAACAUCAAUCCAAGCAACUACAGAAACUUCUUCUUUACUCUCGAGUAUUUACUCAAGAUUUGCACGCUAAACUGAAGAGCAGUCUAGAGUAUGCUGAGCAUAUCAACAAACUACCUCACCCGCUGGAGGUCAUCAGAGCAGUUAAUGCAUUAAAACCAGUACUGCUAAAUUUAGCUGCAACUGACAUUGAUACCGACGUUGCAUGUGGGAAUGUUCAAUUCCUCACCGCACAAAAAGUACAGACAGACUUGGAAUCAUUUCAACGUCUAGUUGCAUCUAUUGGCAAGAGUAACUAGCUAUUUACUAUCCAGUAGAAUAGCAUACAUUACAUGUAUGUACAUCUUCAAACAGAAAGAGGUAGUUGACCUUCACUUUAAAGGCAGUGGACA